AUGGCUCCCCUCGUCUGGCUCAUCACAGGCACCACCUCUGGUAUAGGAGAGGCACUGGUCAAGGAGGUCGCCCGUCGCGGCGACAAGGUCAUCGCAACCGGCCGCAACGCAGAGGAGCGUCUUCAGAGCCUCAAAUCAGACAACAUCGCCCUCCUCGAUCUCGACGUCGCCUCGUCACGCGAGGUCAUCAACGCACAGAUCAACACGGCCGUCUCCAUAUUCGGCCGGAUCGAUGUGCUCAUCAACAACGCCGGCAUGUCCGCCUCCAGCAGCAUCGAGGAAGCAUCUGACGCCUUCAUGCAGAGGCUAUUCGACGUCAACCUCUUCGGCACGAUCCGUGUCACACAGGCCGUCCUGCCGUACCUGCGCAAGCAGCGCUUCGGAAGGAUUGGCUGCAUCGGCGCGGGGCUCGCCUGGGCCCCCUUCCCCUUCCUCGGGUUCUACUCAAUGACCAAAGCCGCUGUGGGGCAGUUCGUCGAGGCUCUGGACAAAGAGACCUCGGCGUUUGGCAUCCGCGCAACGUGCUUCGAGCCUGGCGGUUUCAGCACCCGGCUCGGGCAGGCACGAGGCACCGGCUACGGAGUGGGCGCCAUGCCGGCCGUGGAAGACUACCAGCCUGGGUUUACCUGUUUCGUUAAGGGCCUCGUUGAGGAUUGCGGUGCAAGCAUCCCUGGCGAUACGAACAAACUGCCCCCUGCCGUCAUCGACGUGAUCAAAGGCGAAGGGAUGGCCGCCGAGCGGAAGUGGCCUGUGAGGGUAGUGCUGGGGCAAGAUACAGUGACGUUGAUCCGCCAGAAAUGUAAUGAGCAACUGCAAUUGACCGCGGAGUGGGAGGAUGUGAGCAACAGCGUAAAUGCUGAUGACUGGAGUGGGAAACUGGAAAAGUCAUUGACCUUUGUGAAAAUGGACGCCGUUCUAUAA